AUGACCUCUUGGGCUGUCCUGCUCAUCGCCUCAGUGCUCCUGGUCGCCCCAGGGCUGGCCUUUUCCAGUCUGACCCCUGAGCACCAUGACCAGGCAACAGCCCAUCUGUGCAAUGGAAAUGAGUUGUGCCAGGGCCUGUCCCCGGAGGAUCCCCAGGGUGACCUGGUGCUCCAAAGAGAGGAGCUGAACCUAAUCUGUGGUUAUUGUCAGAAGAUAAUGCAGAUGUUGAAGGACAUGGUGGGAAAUAAUCCCAGCAAGAAUGUCAUCAUCCAUGCGACCUCCAAGGUAUGCAACAAGAUGGGGCUGCUGAGCAUCCUGUGCAAGAUGAUCAUGAAGAACUUUCUCCAUCGCAUCUGUCAGGACAUCUUGGCUAGGAAGAAGCCUCAGGCCAUCUGUGUGGACAUCAAGCUGUGCAAGGGCAAGGCAGGUCUCAUCUGA